CGUGUAACUUUCUUGUCGUAACGUCACGUUUCUACGGAGACGAGAAGAAGAAAAAGACAUGGCCGCGCUCAUGAGGGGCGUGAUGCGUCUUUUCCCCACAGAAAGAAACGCUUUUCUUUCCACCAGCGGCGACAUUAUCGUUGAAUCGAGGCGCUUUGUUCGCGGCCUGCGGAGGAAACCGGUCAGGGUGCUGUUUCCUGAGGACGACGCGGGUAAAGCUGUAAAGCCGCCGCCGCAUCCGCAGUCUGGUCCCCAUGCAGCGGAGCAGACGGUGGCAAGAAGAGGGCAUCCUGACAGGAGUGACCCCGUUAACACCAGGACUGAGCCUGCAAAGCAGCCGCAUGUUACCGUGUCAAAGGAUCACAUAGACGGGCUGCGCUAUGAGCGGGCUUUCCCUGGAGAUAAGAGAUUAUCGAGGCUGGUCAGCGUUGCUCGGUCCAGGACGUUUCGGGAGCACCAGGGUAAAAUCCUCCUGGAGGGCAAGCGUUUGAUUUGCGACGCCCUGGAGGUUGGCGCCCGCCCACACACGGUGUUCUUCAGCGCGCUGGAUCGGCUCCGAGAGCUGCCACUGGACAAGCUGAGGGGCGCGGCGAUCGUCAAAGUCAAGUUUGAGGACAUCAAGAUCUGGUCUGACGUCGUGGCCCCGCAAGGCGUGAUCGCUAUAUUUGCCCGGCCUGAUCCUUCGCGCCUCAACUUCUCACAAAGAGGUCAGUCCGUGCCGAUGUCCCUGAUAUGUGACAAUGUCCGCGACCCUGGUAACCUUGGGACCAUGCUGCGGUGUGCUGCUGCCGCCGGCUGCCGCGAUGUCCUUCUUACCAAAGGUUGCGUUGAUGCCUGGGAGCCUAAAGUCCUGCGUGCCGCCAUGGGCGCCCAUUUCCGGCUCCCCGUCCACUCCAAUCUGGACUGGGAGGAGAUCGGAAACCAUUUCCCUCAGCCGGUGACCGUGCACGUGGCUGACAAUUCCCACCAUGGUCACCACCUAAGAAGAGAUGCAGAGGACGAUGGGACUCACAAGCUCUCCAAACCGGGAGAUUACGGCUGGGUCAGUUCAUCAGCCACCAGGAAGAAGACGGAGCAUGCAGAAUACGACUCGGACUCGGACUCGGAUUCUGACUCGGAGGAUGAGGGUCUUUCCCUCCCCAGGGUGGAAACCAAACUGUACCACGAGAACUGGGCUCAGAGUCCCUCUGCUCUUGUGAUAGGCGGAGAGACACACGGUCUGAGCAUGCAGGCGGUCCAGUUAGCAGAGAAAACCCACGGUCACAGACUCUUUAUUCCCGUCGUUCCAGGUGUGGACAGUUUGAAUUCAGCCAUGGCUGCCAGUAUCAUUUUGUUUGAGGGUAGGAGGCAGCUGGUGAAGCUUCAGCAGACCACUGGGAAAAAGAGACCGGCCAAGGCCGAUCGUUCAGGGUCAAACUGAAUGUGUAUACUGUUUAUACUGUAUAAUUAAAGGUCCUGUCUGCAAUAAAAGCCCAAAUUUCAACCA